UGUGUGUGUUUCCAGUGUCUGUUGAUUCUGCCUGUGCUGCAGCAGCUGAUUCUGUCUCAUAUACACACAAUACAGCAAGUGGAUAGAGCCGUACAAUCACCUUCAGAGGAGCACAUUGCUUCUGCCAGUGUGGUAUUCUUCUUUACACCUGAUUCACUCACUGCUGCUCCGCAAUUGAAGGCAGAUCCUUUGACCUAAGCAGAUUAGACGCAUGAACGACACAGCAAGCUAUCUGCGCUUUUCAAGGAAGAGAUUUGACUCCAAAAUAGGGCACUAAGCUUUUCAGCCUUAUGCCUAUUUACCAAGUCAGCAUGAUGCAGUGUCUCAGGGUGCUUAGUAGCCUCCUGGGGAAUCAAGUGGGAAACAAAAGCAGAAGUGGCAGCCGCUGCAAAUGUGGAAGUCUGUGCCAUUAGAGAAAGCGCUUGCUAAUAAUGGCCUGUGAGACCCAGGUUUCCUUGGUUUCCAUGACAGCUAUUAGGUACCAUAGAAAUUGAAUUGCCCACUGCUCCUGGGGGAGUGAAAGGGUGUUUCGAAUGACAGAGCAUAUUACCAACAACUUGUCGUGUUCAUCUUUUUUUUUGCAAAACUAACUGGAUUAUGGCUUUUUUGUAUCCUUUGCUUACUGAAGAUCUGGAUUGCUUUUAAACCUUCGUUUCCAAGAACAUUUACUCUUUUUUUUAUGUUUGUGCAUAGAACUGAUCUUGGAAAUUCAAGGAUAUGAGCUGUUAUACAGGUGGGCUACAAAGGGGGAGUGAAAAUACCAAGCAUCCAAUCAGGUAUUGGUUACCUGCAACACCGACAAGAUGCCCCUGCAACAGAUUUCUGUAGUCCCUGCAAGGGAAACUGCUAGCAAUGGGAGAAGUUCAAUGGGAAAAAACAGACAGAAGAAUAAAGAAGUUGAGAAUGACAAAUCCCCUGGGCGUUCAGCAAGUCGAUCAAGCAACAUUUCAAAGGCAAGCAGUCCAACCACAGUUACAGCCCCAAGAAGCCAAUCACAAACAUCUGUCUGUCCUUCAACUCAGGAUAUAUGUAGAAUAUGCCAUUGUGAGGGAGAUGAGGAAAAUCCUCUUAUUACACCAUGUCACUGUACAGGAACAUUGAGAUUUGUACAUCAAGCCUGCCUACAUCAGUGGAUUAAGAGCUCAGACACCCGUUGCUGUGAACUUUGCAAGUAUGAUUUUGUAAUGGAAACAAAGCUCAAACCUUUAAGGAAGUGGGAAAAACUACAGAUGACCAAAAGUGAAAGGAGGAAAAUUGUUUGUUCGGUAACUUUUCACAUAAUUGCCAUUACAUGCGUAGUUUGGUCUCUUUAUGUGCUUAUUGACCGGACGGCAGAGGAAAUCAGGCAAGGGAAUGACAAUGGUGUCCUGGAAUGGCCAUUUUGGACAAAAUUAGUGGUUGUGGCAAUUGGAUUUACAGGUGGCUUAGUUUUUAUGUAUGUUCAGUGUAAAGUCUAUAUACAGUUGUGGAGAAGACUGAAGGCUUACAACCGAGUCAUAUUUGUUCAGAAUUGCCCUGAUACUACAAAGAAGCUUGAAACUAAGAACCAUCCAAAUAAUCAGAACACUGAACUCAAGGAUUCUGUAUCUGUCCCAGUUUCACAGACAACUACUAAUCUCCAAUCAUGUUCCAAUGCAAAUGUACCUGGAGUCAUGUCUGUUUGAUGAGCGUGGUACAUUUUUUGAACAUCAGAUUAAGUCUCCAAAAGAAAUGCUUAAAGUGUUUCUGAUUCUCUGCAAACAUGCAGCAGGGAGCUAGUAAUCCUUUUCCUCAAGGAGUACAGCUGUGACUCACGAACUGAAAAUUAAGGUACCGCAAUGCUAGAAAUGUCAUUGAUCGCACAGUAAUAUCAUGAAAGAGCACAAGAAGAAAAGUUAGAACAAAGUCUACAAUUUUGUAAGUCAGCAAACUAAAACAACUGACUUUAUUAGUUUCAAUUUUUGAGGGAAAAUCUUUUUACCCAGUUGUUUGUAUUGUAUUUGUUUUUGUGUGAGUGAACUGAAUGUUUUCUAUAAAAAAAAAAAAACACAUUCUACAGGACACACAUAAAUGGCGGAUAAAUUAGCCUCUGUAAUUCUGUAUGUUGUCUCAUGAAAGUUCUCAAAAAUAAUUAAUGUCCAGAACCAAUUUACAAAAUGCAGUUUAGGUUUGUACAACGUCAUGAUACAUUACUUAUAAAUAUUUGGAAGUUGUGGGGGAUUCGGGGAUUAAAACACUUAAGAAAAAUGAAAUGAACCAUGAUAUCUGUGGAUACAGAUUAAAAUGUAUUGUUUUACCUGUGGAAUCUUAAAAGGUUGUUACAGUCAUCAAAUGGCCCAAAUUUCCAAGAAAGUUUCCAGUCUUUUUGAAGAUUUGACACCAGCUGUUAAGACUUCUAAUAAUCUAGAAGCUGAAGAAGUGGUCCUAUCUGAAAAACCCUUUCCCAGAUUGAAGUUGAUUUCUGGUCAUCAGUUGCUUGCACCUAUUUACAUGACAUAUAAUGCAAUGUCCCUCCAAGUCCACCAUAGCAGGAGAUACCUUUUGAGGUGGCUUUCUUCUGUCGCUUAUGGUGGGGGUCCCUAGCAGUUGAAUUGCCCAUAAGGUUUCUGGUUCAAUGUUUUUAUUGAAUUUUUUAUAACAAAAUUAACAAAUUAACAAAUAGCCGAUACAUUGGCCUGAGAUACAUAGUUUACAGCAUAUACAUGGGUAAUUAAAGCGAGGAGAGGAUAAUAUAAGGUACCGAUGAACACUAUACAUUAGAGAAAUCCAGAAAGAAUUUGCUCUCCUUAUUAUAGGUGGCACUUAAGGUACAUACUGCAAUAACAAUAAGUAAUCCUAGUCAAAACAUAGUAAACUUCAGAACCUAACAAGGAUAGUGGGUGGGGAAAGGGGUGAUGCGGGCCGAGAAGUUAGUACUGUAAUUAAACAUAAUGCAAUUACCAACCUCCAAUUCUACUACUCACAUAUUUCCACAAGUUCCUAGGAAUGUAUCCCUGGAAAGGCCAGGAGUGCCAUAGAUUUAUGCUGGCACCCAGACUACUAUUGUAAUACGCCAUCGUGCGUUCACUAAGGUAAGAUUGAUGUAGCCCAUAAGGUUUCCUAUCUGUUAAAUAAAUCAUGCCUUUUUUUUUAAUAUAGCAAAACUACAACCUGAUGACAUUAGAGACUAUGUUCACAUUUGAGACCAUUUCCUUGUUCCAAAGCAUAUCAAGUAAAAAAAAAAAAAUAAUGUUUUAAAGAAGUUAUACUGACACAAAGAAUAGAGUUAAUACCACCAAAAUGAAUUGAUCAUCUGAUGUGUAAUAGUCAGAGCUUCAGUAACCAGUUAUUUAGACUAUGACUAUUACAAAUCUAAGUGUUGUCCUGUGAUCACAUAUAGUGUCAUAGAUCUUAGAUGCACAUGUGUACUGUGAGAUUAAUAUCAGUGUUAUUUACAGUGUUACAACAUUAAUAGCAAUCAUACAUACAUCACUUUAACACAAUCAAUAUUAACUUUACGUUGAAGGCCACACAGUCUUAGAAUGAGAGGAUACCGCACAAUAGAACUGAACAGUAUUAACUACGUGUUGAGGUGUAAAUUGCUCCUUUUCGGUGAUUCAUAUGACUUCACCUUUGUGUAAUCAUUAAAUAACGCUGCUCCUGCUGAGUGUGGUCUUUGGAGUCUUUUCUCUAACUUAUGUCAGUUGCAUUUUUUUUAAAGAGGAAAUAAAAUUACAGAUUUUUACAUCAUAAAAUGUUGGUGGUGUUAUCUCUAUUCUGUGUGAAAGUAGAAUAAAGGAAGAAAUCUAGUCCUGACAAAUAGUCAAUAUAUGAGGACGGGAUAGGAGGUCGGGAUAUGAUGAUGGGAUAGGAGGAUGGGAUAGGAGGUCGGGAUAUGAGGACGGGAUAUGAGGACGAGAUAUGAGGAUGGGAUAGGAGGAUGGGAUAGGAGGACGGGAUGUGAGGUUGGGAUAUGAGGUUGAGAUAUGAGGACGGGAUAUGAAGACAAGAUAUGAGGAUGAGACAUAAGGACAUGCCUCAUGCCUCUAUUACCAAUAUUUAUUAUAAAAAAAUACCUCUUUUUAUUAGCUCUCAGUGUUAGAAAUCCUCUCAGGGGAGGGGGACGUGUCCCUCCUUGUGAUGGGAGGUGAUUAGUGUUUUUGCUCAUGUAGCCCUGUCCAUAAGUCAUCUAUUGUUCAUGACCAUAGCACUGGUUAGUGUCCCAGUAGGUAUGAGGACCCCUUGUGGUGGGAUUUUUAGGAGCCUUUUCUUUUAUUAAAUAUUCAAAACAUUUUAAACAACAAUAGUUUAAUAGUGCAAAAGGUCUUUAAUUUUCAUCAGUAACAACAUUAAAUUUUUUUGGGGGGUGGGGAUCUGGCAAUGUCCAUUGUUUUCUACCCCGAAAGCUUAGAAUGAAAUUGGUAUUUUAAAUAAACAAAUAAAUAUCUUACUAAAUCUUACAAAAUGUUUAAUUAAUGCAAACAUAAGCAUAAAUAAUAAAAUUAAAAUAAUAACUUAAGCCUAAAGCCUUUUGAUAAAAAAAAAAAAAAAAAAACAACAUUAACCACAGCUACUGUUAGGUGACAAUCCCGGGAUAUUAUUAAAAAAUAUAAACAUCUGUGUAUUUCUAGAUGGCUAAAUGUUAUUGUAACAUUAUUUCCACCCAGUAAAGCAGAGAUGCUGAAUGUUUUUCAUACAAUAUUUUCAUGGUUUAUUGCGUUGCGAAUAAAACCAAAGCUGUCUUAGCA